AUGCCAGGUGUUUCCGUUAGAGACGUUCCAGCUCAAGACUUUAUCAACGCUUACGCUCAGUUCUUGCAGCGUCAAGGUAAGUUGGAGGUUCCAGGUUACGUUGAGCUCGUCAAGACCUCUGCCGGUAACGAGUUGCCACCACAGGAGGCCGAGACUUGGUUCUACAAGAGAGCCGCCUCUGCUGCCAGACACGUUUACUUGAGAAAGCAGGUUGGUGUCGGUAAGUUGAACAAGUUGUACGGUGGUGCUAAGAACAGAGGUUUCAGACCAAGCAAGCACGCUGACGCUUCCGGCUCUGUCAACAGAAGAGUUGUCCAGGCCUUGGAGAAGAUUGGUGUCCUUGAGAUCUCGCCAAAGGGUGGUAGAAGAAUCUCCGAGAACGGUCAGAGAGAUUUGGACCGUAUUGCUGCUCAGACCUUGGAGGAGGACGACGAGUAA